GGUGUGUUUGCGUUCUGUCACUUGAUUGUCAGGUUUUACUUUGUUCAUCCGCAUUCCUAGCAGGUCAUGCUCUUAGACCCGUGUAUACAUGUUGUGUACAUACAUGUCAACGAAUUUGUGUUAGAGCCAACUGUACAGGCACAUGGUCUUGUACGGACAUUCGCUUUCCAAUUCAUUCAUUCCCGUGUCUUUAACGAAGUGUAUGAAUACACCUGUAUACACGCCCGUAAUCAACCUUUGAGCCUAACCACUCACCCUAACAAGUUUUUCGAAUGCAUCUGUGUUAGUAAAUCCCUCUUCUGUACUCAUGCCAGUGCCUUCUCCUAAUCCCUCCACUCAUGCACUUUCUCCUUGCGCUUGCUACAGAUGCCAUAUGUCCCUCGAUUGCAGUUACCACUAUAUGGGUAUAUGCAUAUUAUAUAUAUAUAUAUAUAUAUGUAUAUAUACAUAAUAUCUGGACUUGUAUCCUGCGGACGACACCAAGACAGAACGCUUGGGUGAACACAAAUUCGUACUCUAAUUCCCUUUCCUUAUGUGUGUUGCAUUUGCCACAGACGCCAUAUGUCACUCGAUUGACAGGUACCACUAUCUAGACUUGUACCCCGUUGACGAUAACGAGUUAGAACGCAUGGGCUAUCAGAAACUCGCUCCUGAGUCCUCUGGGGAAGGCGUGCAGAGUGUUGCGGCAAUCGACGACACCGUAUCGGCCAUUAACAGCGAUUUUGUUGUACCUGAUUUGAAAUGUCUGGACCACUUCAACCCCGAACAAGGAGUGGUUGGUCCACUGACUGGCCCGAAGAGUAUCACAGCACUCUUAGCCAAUCUACCACCGCCUAUGAACUUCAUAGGCCCUUAUGUCGAUGUAGAAGCGUUUCUCGCGGGCCUGAGUCCGCCCGAUGAAGCCGAUGUGCCCCAGUCAGCAACAGACAAACGGGUUGAAGCUACCCAAACACCAGCUAGCAAUGAAGAUGCUGUCAAAUCAGGUACAGGUAAAAGGAAAAAGAAAAGCCAAGGUGAUAGUGAUGAUGAAACAACGAAUACAGUACGAGCAACCAAGGGCACUAUCAGGCGACCAGUGAAUAUAUUCAAUAAGCGCAUGAGGAGCACUCUCGCGAAAGACAAUCAAUAA